AUGGGCAAAUCCGUCCCCGCCCGUGACUUCACAGUCGGAUGGGUCUGCGCCCUGCCCAUCGAGCUAGCAGCCGCGGCGGAGAUGAUGGACGAGGAAUUUGCUGAACUCCCGUCCCAGCCGACCGAUUCCAACGUCUACUCCUUCGGCCGUGUCGGCGACCACAAUGUCGUGGCUGCUUGUAUGCCCGCCGGCCAGAUGGGUACGGCCCAAGCAGCCACGGUAGCCAGCCAAAUGAAGAAUAGUUUCCCCUCGCUCCGGUUCAGCAUCCUUGUCGGUGUCGGUGGUGGCGUUCCAAAUCUCGAUGAAGACAUCGACAUCCGGCUUGGCGACGUCGUGAUCAGCCAGCCGGCAGGGCAGCAUGGUGGAGUGAUCCAGUAUGAUUUUGGGAAGACGGGGCCCGAUGGUCGGAUCACUCGCACCGGGAGCCUCAAUGCGCCACCCACGAUACUCCUUAACGCCUUGGCUAAGCUCCGCGCUAACGAUUUUCGAGGCAAGACGCAAGUCCUCACCCAUCUGUCCAAGCUCACUCCAUCUACUCGAUCGAGGUUUGCGUCGCCAGGCCCUGAUCAAGACAGCCUUUAUAACGCAUCAGCAUUGCAUAUCACCGGAGCCACAUGCAAGAAAUGCCGUUCAGAAGACAUAGUUGACAGGGACGCGCGCGCAACUACAGACCCAGUUCUCUUCUUCGGCAACAUCGCAUCCGGAAAUCAGGUGAUGAAGGACGGACUUACGCGCGACAGAUACAGUCAGGAACUAGGAGGCGUCUUGUGCUUUGAGAUGGAGGCAGCUGGUCUGAUGAAUAAUUUCCCUUUCAUUGUCAUUCGUGGCAUCUGCGAUUAUGCCGACGCGCACAAGAACAAGCGUUGGCAACCAUACGCAGCAGUAACGGCAGCAGCAUGUGCGAAAGAGUUGCUGUAUACCAUCCCGCCGUUAGUGUCGAGCAAUUCAGAUGUCACAGAGGACUUUCCAUUUGGACGAAAUGAAAUCUUUGUUGGCAGAGAUGCGAUGUUGACACAGCUUCUUGAAAGGAUCCCCCCGAGUGCAUAUGAAGACACCUGCCAGAGAACUGCGAUUGUCGGUCUCGGAGGGAUUGGAAAGACACAAGUCGCAAUCGAAGCCGCCUACCGCGUUCGCAAUGUAAACCCGGGCUGCUCCGUGUUCUGGGUACCAGCCGUUGACAUGGCUAUGUUUGAGAACGCUUAUCGCAAGAUCGGCCAAGCGCUCAAUAUCCGAGGCAUCGAGGACGACCAAGCAGACGUUAAAAGCUUAGUUAAGGCUGCAUUGGAACAGAACGACGUUGGUAGCUGGCUUCUUAUUAUCGAUAACGCCGACGAUAUGGAAUUGCUGUUCACUGGCUCUAAUAAGCUGACGAAGUAUCUUCCUUUCAGUCGGAACGGCUCUAUCCUGCUUACAACCCGGAACCUCCAGGCCGCAGUGAGAUUUAGUCCUGGGCAAGUCACGCGGCUGCGUGAGAUGAGUAUUACAGAAGCUACUCAGCUCCUACGCAACGGCUUAGACAAAAGGCAGAUCAACGAUGACCACAGCACGGCACAGUUGCUCGAACAACUUGCCUACCUGCCUUUGGCUAUUCGCCAAGCAUCUGCUUAUAUGGCCGCAAACACAAACGUAACUGUGUCGAAAUAUCUCGAAUACUGCAAUUCUAGUAAUGCUGAGCUAGUAAAGCUACUAAGCAAGGAAUUCGACGAUCAAGAUCGAUACGAGUCUAUCCAAAACCCCGUGACCACGACGUGGUUGAUAUCCUUUGAACACAUCUCACGGGACAGUCCAUUAGCAGCAAAGUACCUCAGCUUUAUCUGCUACCUCGGAGAGAAAGACAUUCCGAGAUCACUGUUGUCCCCUGGAGAGAACGAAAUAGAUACCGACGAGGCAGUUGGCACCUUGAUAGCCUACGCUUUUAUCUUGCAGCGCGAUGCUGCGGACAGGUUCGAUAUUCAUCGACUGGUGCGCUUGGUGAUGCGGAACUGGCUGAGGGAACAAAGGAAGGAAGAAGAGCAGGUAACAGAGACGAUUUACUGGCUUUCCAAGAUGUUUCCUUGGCCACACCACGGGAAUAGAAAACUGUGGAUGUCCUACUUACCCCAUGCGCAAGCGGCCUUGGAAGUACGGGGCUGGUGUACAGACGAAGAGGGGUUGUGGGAUCUGCUGGAUAGGACAGGGAUAAGCAAUUUUCUCCUGGGAUAUUAUGGCAAGGCGGAGCAAAUCAUCUGGGAGGCACUAGUGCUAAAGGAGAAGGCACUGGGGCUAGAGAAUCUGGACACACUCAUGAGCAUGAGCAACCUAGCAAUUACGCUCGACAAGCAGGGGAAGUACAGAGAGGCAGAGCAAAUGAAUCGGCAGACACUUAAGCUAAGGGAAAAGGUGCUGGGGCUAGAGAAUCCGGACACACUCAUAAACAUGAGCAACCUAGCAAUUACGCUCAAGAAUCAGGGGAAGUACGAAGAGGCAGAGCAAAUGAAUCGGCAGACACUUAAGCUAAGGGAAAAGGUGCUGGGGCUAGAGAAUCCGGACACACUCAUGAGCAUGAGCAACCUAGCAAUUACGCUCAAGAAUCAGGGGAAGUACAGAGAGGCAGAGCAAAUGAAUCGGCAGACACUUAAGCUAAUGGAAAAGGUGCUGGGGCUAGAGAAUCCGGACACACUCAUGAGCAUGAGCAACCUAGCAAUUACGCUCAACAAGCAGGGGAAGUACGAAGAGGCAGAGCAAAUGAAUCGGCAGACACUUAAGCUAAGGGAAAAGGUGCUGGGGCUAGAGAAUCCGGAUACCCUCAGGAGCAUGGGCAGCCUAGCAAUUACGCUCAACAAUCAGGGGAAGUACGAAGAGGCAGAGCAAAUGCAGCGGCAAGCACUAGAGCUAAGGGAAAAGGUGCUGGGGCUAGAGAAUCCGGAUACCCUCAGCAGCAUGGGCAACCUAGCAGUUAUACUUGAUUGCCUAGGGUCGCACGAAGAAGCGGAGCAGUUGUUUGAGCAGACACUUAAAUUGAGUAAGAAGUUGCUUGGGCCAGAUCAUCCCUUCACGCGUAGGGUACAGUUUGACCUCCAGGCCAGUUUAGAAGCUUGGACGGACUCUAGUUCAGUCUCUAGUUCGGCCUCUUAG